CACCACAAUGUUGUCCUUGAUCAUUCUCAAUGCAGGUGUCUCACAAUCAUUAACCUUCCUAUUGGGACAGUGAAAAGCAAAGAAAGUUCCUUCUUUGACACUUGACGAUCCAAACAAGGUUCAGAGCGAAUUUGGAUAAGUUGAGUAGGGCUUGAAUGCUGUUACAAGUGAUCUAUUAAUGGGAUUCCACCUUGCCUUGUUUCUUUUCCUGGCUUCUCUUCCUUUGACUUUAACUCAAGAUGUUGAAAACGGUUCCAUUAUAGUAGAUGGAACCCAAGCAAUUGCUGAAACUGAUGAUAACUUUAUCUGUGCUACUAUUGAUUGGUGGCCUCAUGAUAAGUGUGACUACAACUAUUGCCCCUGGGGGAAUUCUUCUGUCGUAAAUUUGGACUUGUCUCAACCUUUCCUUGCCAAGGCAAUCCAAACUUUCAAGCCUUUGAGGAUAAGAAUUGGAGGUUCUUUGCAAGACCAAGUGCUGUAUGAGGUAGGAAGUUUGAAGUCCCCUUGUCAUCCAUUUCAAAAGAUGAAAGGUGGAUUGUUUGGAUUUUCUACGGGAUGUUUACACAUGAAAAGGUGGGAUGAGCUGAAUCAGUUUUUCAAUAAGACAGGGGCCAUGGUGACAUUUAGCUUGAAUGCGCUACGUGGGAGACACCAGAUUAGUCCUACUGUUUGGGGAGGAAACUGGGACUCUACAAAUGCUUACGAUUUAAUAAACUACACUAUUUCAAAGGGAUACAAUAUUGAUUCAUGGGAAUUUGGUAAUGAGUUGAGUGGUAAGGGCAUUGGUGCUAGUGUUGGCGCUGCACAGUAUGGGAGAGACUUGAUAAAGCUUAAACAAAUUUUACACACAUUAUACAAGAACUCCAAGUUCAAACCUUCACUUAUAGCACCUGGAGGAUUCUAUGAAAAGCAGUGGUUUGAUAAGCUUCUUCAGGUUUCAGGUUCAGGCAUAAUCAAUGUGCUGAGUCAUCACUUAUAUAAUUUGGGCCCAGGUAGCGAUGAACAUCUUGAAAGGAAGAUUCUAGAUCCUGUGCGCUUGAGCAAGGUAGAAUCAAUUUUUAGCAAUCUUUCAGAAACCAUUCAAAACUAUGGUCCUUGGUGUUCUGCAUGGGUAGGAGAAUCUGGUGGGGCAUACAACAGUGGUGGUCGUUAUGUUUCUAACUCAUUUGUGGAUAGCUUUUGGUACUUAGAUCAACUUGGAAUAGCUUCCAGAUACAACACAAAGGUUUAUUGCAGGCAAACUUUAAUAGGAGGAAACUAUGGCCUUCUCAAUACCACCACUUUCACUCCAAAUCCUGACUACUACAGUGCACUUUUGUGGCAUCAGCUAAUGGGGAAGAGUGUUCUUGCGGCUUCUAGUGAUGUUUUUUCACCUUUUUUACGCACUUAUGCUCAUUGUUCAAAAGGCAGAGACGGUGUAACAAUACUGCUGAUCAACUUAAGCAAUCAGACUCAUUUCAUACUCACGGUUCAUGACCGUAUGAAUUUGAGUAAUGGAGGAAAUGAAGAUGCUAAAAACAUCCAUAUAGAAAAUUCAUUCUUUAGUCAUCUCAAGAGGGCAUUUUCUUGGGUUGGAAAAAAAGGAUCAGAUGUCACAUUCAGGGAAGAGUACCACUUAACUCCAAAAGAUGAUUACCUUAGAAGCCAAACCAUGUUGCUUAACGGUAUUCCACUAGAGUUAACAAAUGAUGGUGAAAUUCCAAUAUUAGAUCCAGUACGUAGUAAUGUACAUUCUCCAAUAUACAUUGCUCCUUUAUCCAUUGCAUUUAUUGUAUACCCCAACUUUGAUGCUCCAGCUUGUGUUGGACACACAAAAUUUUAAUCAAAAGGUUUCUUGAAUCUUGUAGACUUAGGUAUUAGGACAAUGGGAUUGUGAG